AUGGUCGACCAGGUGGCCGUGAAUCGCACUCAACCGCACGGCCGAGUUCUUGGGGUCGACAUCAUCCCGGCCCAACCUCCCAAAGGGGUGUCGACAAUACAGGGCAAUUUCCUUUCCCCCGAGGUGCAGGAGUAUAUUCGGGACUUCUUGCGCAGCCCCAAUAGGGGCCGGCCACGCCCGCGAAACAGCUUGGAGGACACGGGAGGACCGGAAUUCUCGGCAUUCGCCACGGCAAAUUCAGGACAGGCGGAAGGGGACACAGAACAAGAGACUCCCAACCUGGAAAGACCGGUGGAUGUGGUUCUCAGCGAUAUGUCUGCUCCCUGGCACCAGACUUCUGGUUUCUGGAAACGAAGUCUAAGUAAUCCCUAUAGGAUGAUGAAUACCAGCGGCGUGAGUUUCAGGGAUCACGCCGGGAGUAUGGUAAGCUUCCAAUUGUCCGUCACGACUCUGCAUGUGCUGACUCGGGAAAGGACCUCUGCCAUGCUGCCCUACGCUUCAGCUCGGAUGUCCUGA